GGACAACAUUCCCUAGAGUGACCUGUGUGUGUGUGUGUGUCCCAUGCUCAUGUGUCUCAGGAGCAGAGCAGUGAUUUCACCAGGUUCUCCAGUCCAGGAUCCAAAAUGGUUGAGUACACCAGCUUAGGGGUAGGCAUUCCUGAAACCUGGUCAUUCGUGUCGCUCCAUGUCACAACAUACCAGUGUCACCAUUGGGUGUUUAUCCAUUGCUAUGCAAGAGUAAUGUUUUGUUUCAUUUUAAAAUAUUUGUCUCAUUUCCCCCAUUCACCUGCCAUAUGGCACGGUGCCCUGUUGGCCUGCCUGUGGUUGCCCUGGCCGUGGCUUUGAAUGUGGUGGCUCUGCAGUCACCGAUUGCUUGGACUUCAGUAGUGUGCAGGCAGGCAUACAGCCUUUGUUCUGAGUUGGAAAUAAAUUCGUGUCCUUAUUGAACCUGGGUCAGGCUCCUUUUAGAAUAAAGCCAAUGUCAGGUUCUAACCCACAACACAGUUUUGAAGUAACAUGAACUCGGGAAAUCCAGCUGCCUCAGCCCCGGCUCCUUCCAUCUUGCCCACAAACUGAAACUGUAACAGGAGAUGUUCCAGGCAGGGCCAGCCCAGCCAGCCAAGCUGUUCCUUCUUUGGAGGGGGAUCCCGUGACCCUGAAGGUCUGGGGCCUCAACGCCGCCACCCCCAGCCUUCUCCAGCCUGAGCACUCUCCUUCCGAGGUCCCCCUCCUCCAUCCGCCUUCUCACUGGCGCCUCAGCUCUCCCUGGAGCCUGGAAACCUUGCCCCCGCCCCUUGAAGGCCCAGCUUAGCGCAGGGCUCUUCCUUUGUCACAGCUCCGCCCAGCUGGGCAUACCCGCUAAGGGAAGGUUCCUCUGUUCCUGUCCCUCCUCACUCUGGGUCUAAGCUGACAGAAAUGAAACAUUGAAAAGCCAGAGUCCUCCCAGCUCGGCUCCGCUGCCGCUCGCUAGAAAUGUGGGCAUCAGAGGCUGGCAGCAUGAGGUGGUCUGUGCCACCCUCCAUCAGCAGGAGACGGGCCAUGGAGACCCGAGGACUUGGUGGCCCCACCCCCCCCUCAGAGGGCAGCAGCAGUGGCAGCGAGAGCUCCAGAGAUGGUUCGAGGUGCUCCACCCCCGGCCUGGAUCCCGAGCGGCAUGAGAGACUCCGGGAGAAGAUGAGGCGGAGGAUGGAAUCUGGUGACAAGUGGUUCUCCCUGGAAUUCUUCCCUCCUCGAACAGCCGAGGGAGCUGCCAACCUCAUCGCCAGGUUUGACCAGAUGGCAGCAGGUGGUCCCCUCUUCAUUGAUGUGACCUGGCACCCAGCAGGGGACCCUGGAUCAGACAAGGAGACCUCCUCCAUGAUGAUUGCCAGUACCGCUGUGAACUACUGUGGCCUGGAAACCAUUCUGCACAUGACCUGCUGCCGGCAGCGCCGGGAGGAGAUCACGGGCCAUCUGCACAAAGCCAAGCAGCUGGGCCUGAAGAACAUCUUGGCGCUAAGGGGAGACCCCAUAGGUGACCAGUGGGAAACUGAGGAGGGGGGCUUCAGCUAUGCUGCAGACCUCGUGAAGCACAUCCGAAGUGAGUUUGGGGACUACUUUGACAUCUGUGUGGCAGGUUACCCCAAAGGCCACCCAGACGCAGAGAGUUUUGAGGACGACCUGAAGCACUUGAAAGAGAAAUUCUCGGCAGGCGCCGACUUCAUCAUCACCCAGCUCUUCUUCGAGGCCGACACCUUCUUCCACUUUGUCAAGGCCUGCGCUGCAACGGGCAUCACCUGCCCCAUCCUCCCCGGGAUCUUCCCCAUUCAGGGCUACUCCUCCCUCCGCCAGCUCAUGAAGCUGUCCAAGCUGGAGGUGCCGCAGGAGAUCAAGGAUGUGAUCGAGCCCAUCAAAGACAACGAUGCUGCCAUCCGCAACUACGGUAUCGAGCUGGCCGUGAGCCUGUGCCGGGAGCUUCUGGCCAGUGGCCUGGUGCCUGGCCUCCACUUCUACACUCUCAACCGCGAGGUGGCCACCACAGAGGUGCUGAAGCGCCUGGGCCUGUGGACUGAGGACCCCAGGCGUCCCCUGCCCUGGGCUAUCAGCGCCCACCCCAAGCGCCGGGAAGAAGAUGUGCGUCCCAUCUUUUGGGCUUCCAGACCAAAGAGCUACAUCUACCGCACCCAGGACUGGGAUGAGUUUCCCAAUGGCCGCUGGGGCAACUCCUCCUCGCCAGCCUUCGGGGAGCUGAGGGACUACUACCUCUUCUACCUGAAAAGCAAGUCCCCCCGGGAGGAGCUGCUGAAGAUGUGGGGGGAGGAGCUGUGCAGCGAGGAGAGCGUCUUCGAGGUCUUCGCACAUUACCUCUCCGGGGAGCCAAACCGGCACGGCCACAAGGUGACCUGCCUGCCCUGGAACGACGAGCCCCUGGCCGCUGAGACCAGCCUGAUGAGGGAGGAGCUGCUGCGUGUGAACCAGCGGGGCGUCCUCACCAUCAACUCCCAGCCCAACAUCAACGGGAGGCCGUCCUCUGACCCCGUCGUGGGCUGGGGCCCCAGCGGGGGCUAUGUCUUCCAAAAGGCCUACCUGGAGUUCUUCACUUCCCGCGAGACCGUGGAGGCCCUUCUGCAGGUGCUGAAGAAGUACGAGCUCCGGGUCCACUACCAUAUCGUGGACGUGAAGGGUGAGAAUGUCACCAACGCCCCUGAACUUCGGCCCAACGCCGUCACAUGGGGCAUCUUCCCUGGGCGGGAGAUCAUCCAGCCUACGGUGGUGGAUCCUGUCAGCUUCAUGUUCUGGAAGGAUGAGGCCUUCGCCCUGUGGAUCGAGAGGUGGGGCAAGCUAUAUGACGAGGAGUCCCCGUCCCGCAUGAUCAUCCAGUACAUCCACGACAACUACUUCCUGGUCAACCUGGUGGACAAUGAGUUCCCGCUGGACAACUGCCUGUGGCAGGUGGUAGAAGACACAUUCGAGCUGCUCAACAGGCCUGCGCAGAGUGAGAGGGAGUCAGAAGCUCUAUGACCUUGCGUCCUGACAGCCAUGGAUUGGCUUGGCCACUGGUAUCCAGCCAUCCCCCCGCAUCCUGGUUCUCCUUUAUCCAAAGCCUGGGCCUCUUCACCCCCCUGAUGAUGGCGACUAGGCUGAUGUGAGGCUUCCAGGCUCUGGCUGGAUCUGAGGCAGUGGCACAGGGGAGCCUGGUGCUCCCUGGUCUAGCCAGGGUCAGGGUCAGGGUCAGUCUCUGGUGAGAGCACUGCCAUCCUGCAGGGGAGCACGGUGGUGCACACCAUCUCCCUGAGGAAGCGGGAGACUGGUGGUUGCAUCUGAGCCCUCACACCAGGAGAGCCUGUGGAUCCAGCUGGGACUCCAGUGAACUUGUACUUGGGCCUGUGUAAGAUGGGCAGAGAGACCACGGGUGACAGGUACUGUGGCAUUGAGGACACUUGGCUAAGUGAAGGGGCUGCACCCUUGCACCUCUAGAUGCUAGCAGCAGCCCCACCUGUGAUUAUAGGGGAAGACCUCGCACAUGGCAGGCCACGCCAGGCCCUGGACAGCCUUGGCCGAUCCCUGACGACCAGGCACUGCCGCUCUUGACCUCCUACUGUUUGAAACCCUUGUCUGUGUUCUGAGGGCUUGAGAAACAGUGCCCUUGAAGGGUUCAAGUCUGUCCUAACCCUUGUGCUUUCUGGGCCCGUUGCCUUCUCUCCUGUCCCACUAACUGUCAGAGGCAAAGAUGAGACGCCUGAGCAGG